GUUUAAAACACUUCCUGUUGCAUCACCGAGAAAAAAACGAAAGCUGCCUCUCUGAGCAGUCUACGAGCCUCUCCCAGUUAUGGCGCAGCAACAUUUUACAGCACAGCGCUCUCCUUUGUCUGUAAAGAAGCCAUUUUGAGACAAGAGAACAGCAGAGAAACCAUUGAGCAAGUUCAGCCUACAUACCACCAAAACAGGUGUUUUUGGACAAGGAGACGCUAUCCCACCCCUUAUUAAUGCCAUUAUUAGAGGAUCCGAAGAUGGAGCUGAAAACGUUCCUCCUGUCCCUGCGUUUAGGCCUGUUAACUGCAUUUCACCCAAGUGCUGAGGUAAAUAUUUUCACCAUAAGAGUUUUCACCCCAUCUGUUUACUCAUAAGAUUAUUAUUUUUCAACCGUUUUUAAAAAGGUAAAAAAAGAGGCUACCUGACUGGGCUUGUUAAUACAUUUAAAUAUACCCUUGAUGCAAGGUCAAGCCGACGAUUACACUUUGGACGCAUUUGCUUCUUAAAUGGCAAUUGGACAGCACACACCUAAUCAUGCUUGACUUGUCUCCACAGCUGAUGGAAGGGUGCAACACACAUAAAGUCAACAGGGUUUUAAGCGUUGCUGUCGUGAGUGAAGUGUUUAAAGUCAUUAAUCAAAGAAAAUAAGUUAACAAUCAAAUGUGAAGGCAGCACAAUAAACUGUUUUGCAACAGGCCAUUAGUUAUAAAUGGCCUGCUCUGCCAUAUGAGGAGCAAUAUAUAAACUGGACUGUAUGCUGUAUUAUCUAUAUGUCAGCAUGCCAGUGAACAUAUUAAAAAACAUUGUAUAAUAAAAAUGCCAACAUUUAUGUGAGUAAAUUGAUAGCUCAAUUGAUACAUUGACAGAAAUACUUUUGAUAACAGAAAAAGCAUGCCUCACAUUUUACAUUAGCCUUCUUUUAAAUUUUGAUAUAAAAAAAUUGAACUUACUUAUUGCUAAGCAUAUCCUACACAAGGCCAUUAGUGCAAUGCCAGACACAUGAUCACUUUAGUUCUGUGUUUUCACACUAAGUUAACAUCUCCAAAUAUCAUACAGCUGUUUAUUCACAACAUUUGGUUUCUUUUCACAUAAGAAAUAUAAAUAGUAUUAUAUGGGUGUGCCAUGACCUAGUUAAGACAAAGAUGGAUUCCAGGCAGAGGAAAAAAGGCUCAAGAUGUCACAGGGUAUUACAUCCAGUACAUAAUCUUCCUUCUUCUCAAUCCUUUAAAAGGAGGUAUCAUAGUUUUAUCAUAGUCCAUGAGAGAUGAGGAAAUCAAGUGUAAGAUCCCUUUGGAACAAAGGAAACCCAUAUAGGCCAUUGAGUCCUGUUUUAGGAAAAUGGCUGCCGAUAGCGCUCGGCCCCCUCUCUCUGCUCUCUGUUGAAGGACUCCUGAGCCGUGCCUCUAAUAGCAGACAGCUCGCCUGCUGCUGUGCUCUGAUUGGCCCGCAAGAGCUGCCGCUGUUAACCAGCCAAUUGCCCGAUCACUGCAAAAUCCCAAGCAAUGUCAAACAAAAUCCACUUUUGUCGAUAAUAUAAGGCCCGCAAAUGUAAUUAAAAAAUAAAAAGUUGUUCUGAUAAUGCAAAUAUAAGCUCCACGGGUGUUUAAGACUUGUUUCAAAGCCGUAACAUACCACAACGGGUUGGCACUAGUUUGAUGGUCUGGAUUACAAACAUCGACAGAACGUUACAAACCGCCGCAUUCUAACGAUUAUAAACGACCGCCUCUCAACAACUUCAACAUUUUAUAGGCCUAAAUCGAGUUAUGUGUAAAACAUCUCACUCUAGCAGUCAUUCACCAUCUCUACAUCCGCGGAGUCCCCGUGUGUUUGUUUUCCUUAACAAAUAUAGUCCGAUAUGAUUGAAUUUCUCCACGACUUCCCCAAAACCUGCGACCAAAUCCUUUUUAUUGGCCCUUUAGUGUCAGUUGAAAAGAUAUUGCUCCUGUGUCUAUCUUGUGUUUGCCAUUUGGGUAAAUACAGUCAGCAGAUUCCACACAAAAUGAUUUAGAGGUUUAGAGACACACGAUAGUUACAGGGCACAUACUACUAUACAUGCAUGCGAACGUUUUUGACUGUGACUUUAUAAAAUAUCUGGGGUUUUUUUCGAUUUCAAUAACAUUAAAAAAUAACCCGUGAAAAUACAAAAUAAAACUCUGACGAAAGUGCGGCUAGCAUCAGCGGUGGGCAAGCCUAGCGGUGUAUUGUGGGAGAGACAGAAGCUACAGACCAGAGGCACACAAUAUGUGUUGGCUCUCGCCGAAAAGGAGGCAGUAUUCUUCAAGCUAAAUCAUGUAAUGUAAGCGGCGAAAGGAAAGAGGUUUCGUCUUUUCAUCAAUUAAAGAACAAUCUCUCGACCGGAGGAACCAUGUCCAAACCAGGGGAGAAAUACAGAUUGAACGAAGACCAUGGCAGAAAGCAGAGUUCAAGUUUGGCGAACGGCAUGGACAGUCAUCCCGGCUGCGGCUCGGCGGAGAAGCGGAGCCACCACUGGAGAAGUUACAAGUUGAUCAUCGACCCGGCGCUGAAGAAGGGAUCCCACAAACUGUAUCGCUACGAUGGGCAGACUUUCAACAUGAACAACCCCGGGAUGCCACCGGUGGACAUGGUCCGAGACCCGAGGAUCGGUCGUCUCUGGACUAAAUACAAAGAGACCGACCUCCCGGUGCCGACAUUUAAGAUCGAUGAGUGUUAUAUCGGCCCUGUGCCUCCGAAGGAGGUGACAUUCGCCAGGCUGAACGACAACAUCAGGGAAGGAUUUCUUACCGACAUGUGCAAAAAAUUUGGAGAAAUCGAGCAGGUCGAGAUCUUGUACAAUCCGAAGAAUAAGAAGCACCUGGGGAUUGCUAAAGUUGUUUUUGAGAACGUGAAAUCCGCCAAAGUGGCGGUUCAGUCGCUUCACAAGACGUCUGUUAUGGGAAACUUCAUCCACGUGGAGCUGGACCCGAAAGGUGAGAAUCGCCUCAGGUACUUCCAGCUCCUGAUGAAUGGCAGCUACACCCCACAGACCCUGCCUGUUGGAGGAGAGGAGGCCAGAGAAGUCUCCCCUCGCAUCCUGGCAGAAGCCUUACUGGCCUGCGAGCCCAUCCGCAGGUUGUCGGAGAGCAGCGUGUCUGCUGUUAGGGAAGGGUUGCCACCCAGCAGCUCCACCACUCCUCUGUCCCAGGAGACGGGAUACUCCAGCCUUAGGCAGGACACUCCCCAGUCCCAGGGAACCCCUCACACCCCACGCCAGACUGGCACGCCAUUCUCUCAAGACUCCAAUUUCUCCAGUCGGCAGUCCACUCCGGCGUACCAGUCAAGCCGCGCCGAGAGCUCCGGAGGUUACAAAUCUCGCAGACACGAGAGUAAGUUCCAGGAUGCGUACAACCGCAGACCGGAGAGGCCUAAGUACCGGAGCAACAUGUACCGGAGUACGACGUCGGAUCAUGCUCCCUUCAAACAGCAUCAACUCACCCCACCUGAACCUCCACCCUCAACCCCUUCCUUCACCUACACAGCGCCUCCCCCUGCUACGCCCAACUUCACGUCUGCCUUUUCGCCUUAUCAGGCUCCUUUGCCCCCUGCGUUCCCCCCGUCAGAGCCUGCUUUCCAUCACCCAGCCCAAAGGGAAGGGGAGUACCUCCGACCACCGCAGCCACCUCUCGCAGCUGCCACUGACUUUUUGCCUGCCAAGGAGAGGCCAGAAACUCCUCCAAUCCCAGAGCCUCCGCCGGAGCCUGUUCCCCACCCGACCACCCCUCCUCCUCAAACACCAGAGCACUGCCCCUCACCUGGCUCCCCCACGCUUGACCUAGAGCGCAAUAGCCUGGAUUCUCGCAUUGAGAUGCUCCUCAAGGAGAAAAGGACAAAACUGCCGUUCCUGGAGGAGCGAGACUCGGACACUGAGGUGCGGAUGGAGGGAAGUCCCAUCUCCUCCUCGUCCUCUCAGCUAUCCCCAAUUCCCCCUUACACGAGCGGCUCCCAAGGGGGCCAGCAAAACUCCCGUCCCUGUAGCACAGGCCUGGAGGAUAUCAGCCCGACCCCACUGCCAGACUCGGAAGAUGAAGAGCCAAUUCCAGGAACUGCUUCCCUGAUCAAGAGAAUCAGUUCUCCUGUCCCUGAGAAGAUGAGUAACAGUGACCUCAACGAUAGACAUUUUCGAGGCCACACUCCAACUGAUAAAAUGGAAACGGGUCACCAGUCGUCAGGAGAAGACAUGGAGAUCUCUGAUGAUGAGAUGCCGGGGACACCCAUCGACGGUGCGGAAUGUGGCAAAGGCAUCGUCAUGAACUCUGCAGUGUCAGAAAUGCAGACUAUCUCCCUUCCUCCGCCCGGCUUCCCCCCUCUCCCGCACCAGUCCGGAUACCAACUCUCCCAUCACCACCUGGCCCCUCACUCUGCCGUCCCGGGACACCCUCACCUCACCGGUGUGCCUCACCACAUGCUGCACCCCAUGGGUCCUUUCGCUCACAGCAUGAUGCCGCUAUUGCAGAUGGAUCUGAUGAACUGCCUGCGGUGGGAGCAGUGGAGCACCGUUCCCAUGUCCUUCCAGAUGCAGCAACAGAUGCUGAGUCGCAUGGCUCAGACCCGAGGGCCCUUUCCUUAUCCACACUAUAUGGACAGUGGGGCUACGGGGCCGUACGCUGCGCCCUACGUGCCUCUGUCUAUGGGUGCUACACCUGCUGGCGGUGCAGCUGCAGCGGCAGCAGCAGCAGCAGCGGCAGCAGCAGCAGCGGCGGCACCCGGACAGGAUUGGCAGAAUCCCAGUAUACCAAAGUUUAACCCUACUGUUCCUCCUCCUGGAUAUGAUUCUAAAAAGGAGGAUCCCCACAAAGCCACUGUUGACGGUGUGCUGUUGGUCAUUGUCAAGGAGCUCAAGGCCAUCAUGAAGAGGGACCUCAACCGAAAAAUGGUGGAGGUGGUGGCUUUCAGAGCCUUUGAUGACUGGUGGGAAAAGAAGGAGCACUCGGCAAAGGUAUCAUUGACUCCAGUGAAGGGUGCAGAGGGGAAGGAGGAAGAAAGACCCAAACCCAAAGAGACGAUGGGUUCAAGUCUGCUGGAGAACUGGAACAAGGGCGAGGGACUGGGCUACGAGGGAAUGGGCCUGGGAAUCAGUUUACGAGGGGCCAUCCGCCUGCCCUCCUUCAAGGUGAAGAGGAAAGACCCGCCUGACGCUGCCGGAGCAGGAGACAACAAGCGAGCCCGACCCUCCACUCCAGUGGAUGACGAGCUGGAGGAUGAAGACCGGGAUCGAGACCCAGCCGAGCUCCCCAACGAUGAUUCCAAACUGGACGCCGAUGCUGCAUCAGCGAAGAGAAGGCACUCGAGGCCACUUGAGCUGGACAGCGAGGGAGAGGAGGAGCUGGACACCUCAGGGAAGGAAGAGGAGUCAUUGUCUGACAGGGAGGAGGAGCCUGAGGAAACUCAGGAUGGACUUUUGUCAGGCAAAGAGAGUGGCGAUGAGGAGGGGGAUGAUGAAGACUCUUCCAGUGAGAGCACCUCAGAUUCGUCUGAUGACGAAGCCGAGAGCUCAGCUUCCUCCAAGGCCAGCUCCGACUCCUCAGCAGAAAGUGCAGACUCCUCUGAGUACGAGUUAAGCUCAGAAGAGGAGGAGGAUGAGGAGGAAGAAGGGGAUGAGGCUAUGGUGGCACGAGAUUUGGAGGCUAAAGGCAAAGGGACCUCUUCGUCCUCUUCAGCCUCAUCAACAUCGUCGUCUGAUGAAGAGGAGAAGGCAAAGAACAAGGCACCCAGCUCUCCUUUGGAGCUGCUCUCAGAAGAAAAGGAGGACCGGAGGAGCAGGGAGGAGAUAAGCAGUAAAGUCAAACGCAGACCUCCCAGUCCUGAGGAGGAGGUGACGGAGGACCUGAAGCCGCCAUCACCCAAAGGCCUCCCAGUCAAACAGCGAGACCUUCCCGUAGUGAAGUCUGAACCUCAGGAGCCUGUACCAAACCUUCGGCCCCCGACUCCCACCGGCGCCCUGCCCGACAGCGUCCAGGAGACGAAAGCCAAAGGUAAAGCAGAGCCGGAGGAAGUACGCUGCACCCCCGGUAAAUUAACCCCAUGCCACGUAGAUGCUAACCGACCCCUCCCCAAAUCUGUCUCCGCAUCUUUAAUGCACCUCCCUCUCCCUCCUCACCUGGCAGUAGAAAGUCGUUCCCUCCUCCACCCUCCCCCUGGUCCCCUCCCUGACUUCCCUCAGCGGCCCAGGCUCCCCACAGACGAGGAUCUCCCCCGCACGCCGGGUAGGGACCUCAUGGAGCGUGCCCGAAGUCUGGGCAAGUCCCAGAGCACGGACACGGUGCCCAACACUCCCGGCAGUGACGCCCCUCUGACGGGCAGCAGCCUGUUGCUCAGCUCCCCUCACAUCCCUGGUAGUCCCUUCUCCUACCCUGCACAAUCCCCCGUCCUUAGUGCUGGAGUCCCCCGCACUCCAGGAAGAGAUUUAACCUUCACCCCUGUCUUCCCUGACCCCACAGCACUGACUUUCAAUAGGAAAAUAUCCUCUGAGAGCCUGGACGACAGACCCGUUUUUAAGGAGCCACCUGUCAGCGCCCUGCCUAACCUAUCGGCAGAGCACUCAGCCAGCGUCCCUGAAGAUCUGCCCGCUGGUCUCACUGUGGACAUCCCUGUGCCAUCAGACACUGCAACCUCAAAGAGGAAACCUGGGCGACCAAAAGGCAAAAAGACCGUCUCUGCGGCCGAUGAGUUGUCAAAUGAGUCAGAUUCUCUGCCUCACGACGCAGAUCUAGAAGAUCUAUCCACACAAACGAUCACUGCCCACUCCCCUGGCCUGAAUUUCCGGGAAGAAGAUGUGAAGCCUGAGACAGUCCUGCCUUCCACAGAAAGCUUCUACGAAGAAAAACCACCGAUGGUUGUGAAACCUACGAGAAGGGUGCGACGACGCUGGGAGGAGCUGCUUCUGUUGGGCAGCUUGUCCCCCGUCACCUCGCCUCCCCGGCCGUACUUCAGCCCACGCUCCGAGUUUGAGGAGAUGACCAUCCUGUACGACAUCUGGAAUGAAGGCAUAGAUGAAGAAGACAUACGGCUCCUGCAGAUCACUUACGACAAGAUGCUCCAGCAGGAUAACGGCAACGACUGGCUCAACGACACGCUCUGGGUCAACCAUCCUUCUACCAACGUCCCGAGAAUAAAGAAGAAGAGAAGAGACGACGGCAUGAGGGAUCACAUGACCGGCUGCGCCCGAAGUGAGGGAUACUACAAGAUCGACAAGAAGGACAAGAUCAAGUACCUUCAGAGCACAAAGCUGCAGUAUGAGGAGCCGCCGUUCGACACACAGGGGAUGAGUAUUCCUGCACAGGUUCAUGCCUCUACCAGAGCUGGCUCUGAGCGACGGUCCGAGCAGCGACGCCUGCUGUCCUCGUUCGCAUGUGACAGCGACCUUCUGAAGUUCAACCAGCUGAAGUUCCGUAAAAAGAAGAUACGAUUCUGCCGGUCACACAUCCACGACUGGGGUCUGUUUGCCUUGGAGCCCAUCGCUGCUGAUGAAAUGGUGAUCGAGUACGUGGGACAAAACAUCCGACAGGUGAUUGCGGACAUGCGGGAGAAGCGCUAUGAGGAGGAGGGCAUCGGGAGCAGCUACAUGUUCCGCGUCGACCACGACACCAUCAUAGAUGCUACCAAGUGUGGCAACUUCGCCCGCUUCAUCAACCACAGCUGCAAUCCCAAUUGUUACGCGAAGGUCAUUACUGUGGAAGCUCAAAAGAAGAUUGUGAUCUACUCCAGGCAGGCCAUAAAUGUCAACGAGGAGAUCACCUACGACUAUAAGUUCCCCAUCGAGGACGAGAAGAUCCCCUGUUUGUGUGGGGCAGAGAACUGCAGGGGAACACUGAAUUAACGUCCAUGUGAGGUCAAUCUUCCCCAGGGUGUGAAAGUGCUGUCCUUUAAUUUCAAGGUCCUCAGACUCCGGACAAGGAGGAACUGAAGAGGGAAUGUUUUGCUUUGGAGAAGAAACCUGCAAGUCAUUUGUCUCUUCAGAGAUUAAACUCUAGAUUGUUUACGAUUUAUGGUGCUCUUGAAAUGAAAAACGCAUCGUUUUUUAUGUCAAACUUUCUCAAACACUUGACUUGCUGGUACAGCAUUUUCUCCUCUCUACGUCACACAGUAUUUCAGCAUGACAUCCUUCCACAUCCGGCGCUCGUUUGUACAGUUUUACACAUUUUUUUCCUUCUCAUUUUUCUCACAAGCUUAACAUACACCACACAUGGUACAUGAAAUCAACAGCACAUGUUCAGCUGCUACCUAACACUGUUAAGACGCACAAGCCCACCAGGAAAACUCCUCUUCUGUCUGAGGACGAGGUCGGGCACCUGAGCAGAUGGGAUGACCGCUCCCCAGCUUUCUCGCUCCUACCUCCUCUGCACCAGUUUUUUGGACAAUCCUGCCACAAAAUCUGGAAUAAAUCUGGAAUAUUUGGAUAUCAUGCCUGCCUUUACCAGCCAAUUGUGGAUCAUGCUGCUUCCUAUUAGUUUAUGCAAAAACAAGUCAAAGAUGACAUGCAAAAAUGUAUUAAUGAUAUUCCAGUGUUUUCCAGUUUUAUUUAGGUAGUUCCCCUCUUGUUUGUUCUUCAAGGACACUAUGUGUGUGUGCGCGUGUGUGUGUGAGAAUUUAUCGUGAUAGCUUAAAGUGUGUGAAUGUGAGUGUACGUGCACUGCCCCCUGUAGGUCGCAGAGUAGAAGGCUGCCCAAUCCUGCAGAGCAAAACAAAACUAAUAUUUAAACAAUUCCUGUCAACAUCCACUGGGAAGCGUUUAUAAAAUUCUUCCUAAACUAAGUUUUCAGCGUGUGAAGAAAUAUAAUACGAAAUCAAGUGCCAUAUGAAUGUGUAACCGUCUUUGUUUAACCUGAGCAGGAGGGUGAAGGACAUACAAGUCUUUACCUGGAGCUGUGUUAACGUGCAUGUGCAAAGAAUUGCUGCCUAUUUUUACACCGCCGAGGUGUUAGAUGAUGAUGUUUUACGUGGGAUGACCGUCUCAUUUCGUUGUCCUCUUCAACUACAACACUUAUUUCUCCAGCAGUGUUCAAUGUUUCCUGCGAAACUGAAGUGUUUCUACGACCCAGCAGAGCUCCUGCCGGUACUUUCUUUAUAAGUCAUUAAGAUAAGAAAACUAUUUGUGAAUACACUCAAAGCUUGCACUUCUGCUUAGCAUCCCCUCAGCCAAUCAUUUCCCCCCUCAAGACCAAGUCAAGUCAUUGCUUUUCAUUCGGUUUAUAGAGAUUUUCUUUUUUCACCAGUGAUGUUUAUAUUGUAUAUGAUACUACUUGUACAGAAGAUCUAAAGCUUUUUUUUAUCUACACAGGGGAAACACUUUUAAGAUGCAUCUUUCUCUCUUUUUUUUUUAACAAAAGACUGAGUAUUUAAAAAUAUUUUCAGGGAUCUGUAAAAGGAAUCGGAGGGUUUAAAGAGGCUGUUUAUUUAAAAAAAAAAAGGUCCACUGUGUACAGGAAAAGUUUCCAUCUCCCUUUUUGAAAGAUUGUUUCUUGUGGAAACGUCUUCAUUUUUUUGCUUAUUUGCUUUGUAAUCCUAAAAUGUGUAAAUACUGUUACUGUGAAUACUAUAUAAAUAUAUAUAUAUUUUUGUUCCCCGGGAUUUGCUACUCAACUCAGAUAUCUAUGUAUCAUAUGAGGUGAGCAAUGAGCUGGUAGCAGGAAAUUCAGCUUGUGUCAAGCUUUUUUUUUAUUUUCUGUUUGUAAAUUCUAUGAAAUGUUGUUUGCGGUGUGGAGAAAAAAACAAUAGGUGCAGAAUUGGCAUGGGAAGAGGAUUGAAGCAUCAGCCAGUUUCUCAUGUCUAUUUAUUACACAACAAAUGUAUGAAAAAGGAAAAAUGGAAAUAAAGCAAUUUUGCAUAUA